GGGUUAGAUCUUGCUCCGGGGGCGCGCGGCGAACGACGCGGUUUCACUUUCACUUUGACGCGCGGAACCAUCGCGCGUUCCCUUCGACAAAGCAGCUUUCCUACUCAGGGAACAGCCGUACCAGCCAGCAUGUUGGAGGAACAGGGCCCGGAAUGGAUGUCCGAGGAGGUCAAGACAGGGACCACUAUCAUCGCCGUGGAGUUCGACGGAGGAGUCGUGCUGGGGUCCGAUUCUCGGGUUUCUGCAGGGGCCUCGGUGGUGAACCGCGUGAUGAACAAACUGUCGCCGCUGCACGACCGCAUCUACUGCGCGCUGUCGGGCUCCGCCGCCGACGCGCAGACCAUCGCCGAGACCGUCAACUACCAGCUGGACGUGCACAGCAUGGAGCUGGGUGAGGACCCCCUGGUGUGCUCAGCUGCCACCCUGGUGAAGAACAUCUCAUACCAGUACAAGGAGGAGCUGUCGGCCCACCUGAUCGUGGGGGGCUGGGACCGCAGGGGGGGGGGCCAGGUGUAUGCGACCCUGAGCGGCCUGCUGACCCGGCAGCCCUUCGCGCUGGGCGGCUCCGGAAGCUCCUACGUCUACGGCUACCUGGACGCAGAGUACCGGGCAGGGGCGGGGCGCACAGACACACAGCGGCUGGUGGUGGACACUCUCUCAUUGGCUAUGAGUCGUGACGGGUCCAGCGGGGGCGUGGCCUACCUGGUCACCAUCGACGGGGACGGUGUGGAGGAGAAGGUGUUCCUGGGGAACGAGCUGCCCACCUUCUAUGAUCAAUAAACCCAGAAACUAAGAUUAA